AUGGCUAAAAAACAGACCAAAACAUCAGAUACUGUGAGGGUUUCUGAACCAUCGUUUAUAGGCAUUCAAAGUGAGCUUUCUGAUCCAAAUGAAUCUAUGAUGGAGUCAUCAAAACAAAACACUACAGAUUCCUUCCAGCCAACCACUUGUGUUCAAUCAGAUUCACUUUCGCAAAACAUUGUGCAAGAAGCUGCAGUACUCGAACUGCCCAACGAUAUAUAUCAUUCAAUCCAAUAUCCUGGAUACGCUACUAUUGCUGAAAAAAUCCUUAUUACUCUUGGUGGAAUGCCUGCAGUACAAAAGGCAUUUACCGAACAAGCUGGUUUCCUGGAAUUGAACUAUACACCCGACAACUUAUUCGCUCAUCCUAUCUCAGGUGAUGUCAUCCCAACUGCAAAUCUGUUGCUCAAGGUUGUCAAAAGGACGAAUAGAAAAACAGGUGAAACUACCAUGGAACAUCAUAUCGCUGGCCUAGUUUCAAAAACAUGCAGAUUUAGAGGCAUGGCAGAUUUUCAGUACGAGGUAGAUCCAGACGAUCCACUUGUUAAGCUGCGCUAUAAGAUGGAAACGCUUGAUGUCAAAACCCUAGAUGAACUUCCAUUUAAUAUGGAAAAAAAAAGUAAUGGACCUCCGCUACAUCACAUUCCACCACCCAUGUUUUCUAGGAUUCAAUGGCCUCUGGAAUACAAGUACCAGCAAAAUCCUGCGUCGAUCAAAAAACGAACUGCUAAUGUCAGAACAGUUCACGGCAAAUUUAAACUUAAACCCGGACUAUUAGUAUAUGACUUUUCAACCCCAGACGUUCCAAAUGAACCACCAGAAAACCAUGAUGCAGCCAAGGAAUUGAUAGAUAUGCUUCGCGAGCUGUUUGCACAGCGACCUAUUUGGUCUCGUGCUGCAAUCAUGGCUACUAUCAACUCCCCCCUGACACGCCAAAAGCCACUGACCGAUGCAUUGUCAAUGGUUGCAUAUUACACUAUAACUGGUCCGUGGAGAAGUCUGUGGAUACGUCUUGGAUACGAUCCAAGAAAGGAGCGAUCGUCUCGACUGUAUCAAACAGCAGAUUUGAGAUCUCGUAAAAAUUCGCAUAUUAGAGCCAAACGUCUGCCUCAAUCUUAUGAUGACACUACUGUGAAUCUGGAGCCAGUAAAAGCACAAGAGGAAAAGUCCGUCAAAUCAUAUAUAUUUGAUGGUGUAACCAAGGUCAAUUUUGGUAUAUUUCAGCUAUGUGACGUAACAGAUCCAUCACUAAAAACAAUGAUUACUUCUGCAAAAUACUGUCGCAGUGAAUAUGACGAACGAGAUGGCUGGUAUGUGGCUGACCAUCAGCGUUUGAUUCGUAUUGCAAUAUCGCGGAAACUGUGGACACUACAUGGCAUGACACGUGUAAGCUCAAAAAUACCAGGACAAGAGGGAGCAAGGCGGAAUCGGAACAAGGAGCUCCGUGCUAUAAACCGAAAAAUGUCAACUGAUAUGGAUACAUUUGACCCGUCUGUCAAUUCAGGUUUAGAGUCAUCUGUAGAUAUAGAUACUUGUGAUGUCAGUAGCGCUGAAUCUACAGAGUCCACAGCCAUGAUGCCACAUGAAACGCAUUUGGUUGAACCCACUUUUUCUAAUUCUGUUAAAUCAAAAGUAGAUGCAAUCAUGAAAAAUCUACAGCUGACGCAAAACAACAACUGUGAAGUAUCUAGCAGUGAUCGUAGUGUGGAUGUAUCUACACAAGAACUGCCCAGGAUCGAGCAAUUUAGUAGAGACACGCACACGUCGAUGCAGGAUGAUGACGAGAGUAUAGAUGAAUCAGAAGACAUGGACGAAGAAGAUAUUGAAGAUAUAGAAGUGAUUAGUGACAAGGAAGACUAUUUUGAUAUUUUAGAAGAGGAUUAA